AUGCUGAUCCUACUUUCCAACGUUCUGGCAGAUAACCUGACAUACUUGAUAUUGCUCUUAUACUUGCAUCACCUAGUCCUAAAUGAACUUGAUUCUGGCCAUGUGCCAGUUAUCUCAUCCUUAAAUGCGCAAAUCAAAGCUAAAAACCCAAUCCCAAAAUUAAUCAACGCUCCUUUAAACUAGGAAACCUUUAGGAAAAACUUUGAUGAAAAUCUUAAUAAUCAAAAGCGAUACAGAGACUUAGACGAUAUCAAUAAGAGCAUCGAGCAUAUCGCAGGCACAAUAAAAGUUGCAGUCACCCAAGCGCAGACCAGAAAACAUGCAACUACACCUCAGCCAACCAAUUCCCUCACAAUUGCCGUACAAAAUCCAAUAAAAGAAAAACACAAAACUAGAAGAAUAUGGCAGAGAACUAGAAACAUAGCAAUCAAAAGAAGAUUAAACCAACUGAAUAGGAGAGUAAAGUGGGAACUUGAUAACUUAAGGUAUAAUUCUUAUCGCGCCUACCUUUAAAAGGUAAACCCAAAUGACUCUAGUCUUUGGCUAGCGACAAAAAGAAUCCUAAAGCAACCUAAUCUCAUCCCUCCAUUAAAAAAUGGAAUUGCUAAAUACGACACCAACUAUGAAAAGUCUGAAGAAUUUGCCGAAUACUUUGAAACUUGUUUCACUUCCGAAGACAACACUACACCACAAAGAGAGAGUUCAGAUGAAUCACCGAAUGUAACCAACGAUAAGUACAGCAAUACUAUCAUUCCAACAUAUCCCAAAGAAAUACAACUGAUCAUAUCUAAAUUAAAAAGUAAGAAAAGUCCUGGUCAUGAUCUUAUAACCAACAAAAUAUUAAAAAACCUGACAUUUAAAGCAUUAUCCUAUUUAGCCUCCUUAUUCAACUCAGCCAUGCGCAUCGCUACCUUCCCUUCUACAUGGAAACACGCAAUUAUAGUCACGAUUCACAAACCAGGAAAGCCAGCCAAUUCUCCUACUAGCUACAGGCCGAUCAGUCUACUACCAACACUAUCCAAACUGUACGAAAGGAUACUGNCCAAUUUGGUUUCAAAACCAAACAUUCCACAUGUCACCAAAUCUAGCGCAUAUCUGAAAUAAUUGUACACGGAUUCGAAAAAAAGCAAUACACCACAGCAGCAUUCUUAGACCUAAAACAAGCCUUCGAUAAGGUCUUACACAGUGGGCUUGAACAAAAACUAAAAACAUUAAAUCUCCCUGCAUACUUACUUAAAACUAUCACAUCCUUCAUAUCCAACAGAUCUUUCCAAGUGAGAGUAGAAACAGACUUCUCACAACUGCACCACAUCAAAGCUGGGGUCCCCCAAGGAUCAGUCUUGGGACCAACCCUAUUUAAUAUUUACUGCAACAACUACAACAUUCCAACUCCUCCCAACUCUCAAUUAGCAAUGUUUGCGGACGACACGAUAAUUCUUACUCAAAACAGUUCUUUAGAUUUAGCAAUCCAAAAUAUACAAUCCUCGUUAAACGAAAUAACUUUCUGGUUCAAAAAUUGGAAGUUGAAGCUAAACCUAACUAAAAGUGAGGUUAAAAUUUUUACCCUUAAACGAUAUAACAAUCUCAAAAAUAUUCGCAUAAACAACCAGGUCAUUCCAUGGAAUAAAAAAGACGACGUAGUCAAAUACCAGGGUAUCCACCUAGAUGAAAAACUUACCUGUAACAUACAUAUUAACAAAAAACUCUCACAAGACUAUGCAAGGAUGAGAAUUAUUUACCCCCUACUCAACUAUAAAUCAAGUCAUCAUUCCUCCUACAUACCUCAAUAAUCAGACCACUUUUAACGUAUGCCAUUAUAUUAUUAUAUUAUAUUAUUAUUAUAUUAUUAUAUUUACCAUGUCGUCACCACAUUUUUUAAAUCGUUCUCCGUAGUGUUUUUAACGAAAAAAUAAGGAAGUCGGUAGAUUGCGAUGUACCCAUUUUCAAAAGAUUCCAAAAAGAGUGGGAAAAUAUCGACAAAACGAAAUUUAAAUCAGGUAUUGAAAAUAAAAAAGUAAAUGAAAUCCUCACACCUAUAUUGUUUCUUUUGCUCAAUCAAAACUGAGUGAUGAACGACUAAUGAAAUCACUGACGUGAUGACUAUAGAGUUACUAGAACUUACAUUGUUUUUCCUUGGUCACGGUACUAAACAAUCUUUUCGUUUACCAGCUUUUAACCACGCAAGGUGGAUGGCUAAGACAAUAUAUCGUCUAAAAAUAUAUUUCGCUAUUAGUUUAAAUUAACCAAAACAGAAGAGAAAGAGCUAUGUGAUAUUUCAAUAUUUUUGGUCGUUGCAUAUAUUGAAACAUGGUUUAAUGCAACGUUAGUUUCGACCGCACCUUAUAAUGAUCUAAAUUUUAUUAAAAAACGUAAAACUGUAAAACAAUUGAUGAAAGUAAAUCAAGAGUUUCAUUUAAUAAAUUUAAAAAUCAUUUAUGGUAUUUAAAUCCUGAAUCCGGUCGCUUUAGCUUUUUUUGAUAUUAAUAUAUCAGUUGAAACAAAAAAAAAAAAAAUGGUUCAAAAUCUCAAACUCCGGAAAGAACCACCUGAAAUGAAUAAACGAGUUCUAGUAAAUGACUAAUUUAUUGCGGAUUUUAUUAAAUAUGAAAUUGAAAUUUGUAUAUCAAGUGAAACUAAUGAAUUUUUUAAUAGAUUCAAUUUUGAUAUUAGUUUCCUUCAAAAAGAUCUUUCUACUUGGUCUGUUGACGAAUCUUAUUAAAACGCUUUUGAGGUUGUAAAAAAACAAAAUGUUGUAAAUCAUGCUGCGGAAAGAGGUGUAAAACUCAUUGAAGACUACAACGAUUUGUUAACAAAAAGCAAAGAACAAAAACAAUUAGUACUGCAAGUAGUCAGUGACUAUUAUAGCCAUUAUUCAGACUGCAAAAAAAAUAAUUUUAAUUGUAUAAAUAAGAUUGUUCAAAUAUAAAUAGUAUAUAAAUAGUUAAUAAUAACAACAAAUUGUUUGAUGUAUAUUGAAAUAUUAAGAGUAUAUAAAUUUUAUUAAAAUAUGUUUUAAUUUAAUAUUUAUUACCAUAUUACGAUAUUUUUUUUAUGUAUUUAAUGGUAAAUUACCGUUUUUUAAACAUAUUAUUUAUAAUAUUUAAUAAAUCUGACUGGAGGACAUGGAAGAAACCUCUACGCGGUGUCCUCUAGUAACGGUGCUCACCAAACACCGGCCAAUUCUUCCAAAUUCAGGCGCAACCUAUCCCUCAAUAUAAUAACAAUGCCCAGCGGUCCUAAAAACCCGCGCCUGAAACGGCCCUUUUCAGGGCCAGCGUUGAUGAUCGUAUCGAUAAAUAUCGAAGGUAUUACGAGAGUUAAGGAAGAAAUUCUAUCUGCCAUCUGCAAAUCAACAUCAUGUGACAUUAUGUGCAUCCAAGAGAACCAUCGAGACCAGACUCUUAAUACCCCAAGUAUAUGUGGAAUGAAGCUAGCAGCAAUAAGGCACCAUAGAAAAUAUGGCAGUGCUAUUUUUGUAAAACCUAAUAUAAUCAUUAAAUCAGUAAAAGUAUAUGAACAAAACGACAUUGAAUUCAUCACAGUGCACUUACCGCACAUCUCAGUCUCAUCAAUCUAUAAACCACCAAAUUCCCCUUUCAUAGAUCCCAAUUUCAAAACCGAAGGCAGCUUACAACACAAUCCUAACAUAGUCAUGGGUGAUUUCAACAGCCAAAGUUCAAGUUAGGGCUAUACAGAGAAAAACGAUGAUGGCGAAGUAGUAAAAAUCUGGGCACAAGGUGAAGACAUGGUACUGAUUCACGAUAACAAACUAUCCCCAUCUUUCAAUAGCGGUCGCUGGAAGAUAGGAUACAACCCCAACCUUAUAUUUGUCAGUGAAUCUAUCAGCAAACUCUGUACCAAAAAAAUGGGAGACCCAAUUCCAAAUACACAACAUAGGCCCGUAAUUCGCCAGUUUGAGGCUGUGGUAAGACCCAAUAUUGUCCCAUUCCACAGGAGAUACAAUUUCAUGAAAGCAAAGUAGAACCUUUUCUCGGAAGCCUUCGAUUCAGACAUAGACAAUCUCGAACCACUACCCGAAUACUAUGAAUCCUUUGUAGAGAAAGUAAAACUUAUAUCCCCGAAACACAUACCAAGAGGAUGCAGGACACAUCACAUACCUGGACUAUCAAGCGAGACCAUGGAGAAUUAUAACUCAUAUAUCAAUAUGUUCGAAAAUAACCUUCGAAGAACAAACCAGGAACAAAGGGAAGAGCUCACGAAUGCCAUUGCACAGGAAAAAAGAAAUAAAUGGCAUAAACUUCUGGAUAAAACGGACAUGAAACAUAGUAGUAAAGAAGCGUGGGGCCUUAUUAAAAGGCUAAACAGUGACCCUACUGACGCGAAAGGACUGUCGAACGUCUCUCCCGACCAAAUCGCCCACCAAUUACUAUUAAACAGUAAAACCAAAAAAUCCAAACAGGAAGAUAAACCUACUAAAAGAAUAAUACGAAACAAAGAAAAGGAAAGGAACCACCUCAGCCGGCCUUUCGAUGAGGAUGAAAUGAACAUAGCUAUAGAGACAAUGAAACUUAGGAAAGCAGCCGGGCUAGAUAAUAUUUUUGUCGAACAGAUCCGCAAUUUUGGGCCGAAAGCCAAACAAUGGCUACUCACCCUGUAUAACGAAAUAAGAAACCGGAAAAUCAUCCCUAAAAUAUGGAGGAUAACUAAAAUUAUAGCCUUACUAAAACCAGGGAAAGAUAAGGAUGACCCAAAGAACUAUUGCCCAAUAUCCCUUCUGUGCCACACAUACAAACUUUUUGAAAGAAUGCUGCUUAACCGCCUAGUACCCUUUGUGGAAAGUACACUAAUUAAAGAACAAGCUGGCUUCCGACCAGGAAAAUCAUGUACAGGGCAGAUCCUCAAUCUAACACAAAAAAUCGAGAAUGGUUUUGAAAACAAGAAAAUCAUAGGCACGUCGCUCGUAGAUCUAACGGCGGCAUACGACACGGUAAACCACAGACUAAUGCUAAAGAAACUAUAUGAUACCACUAUGGAUUACGAGUUUGUAAGAAUUUUCGAAGCCCUUCUAAGUAACAGAAGAUUUUUCGUAAAUCAUCAAGGCAAGAAUAGUAGGUGGAGAAUCUUCAAAAAUGGUCUCCCUCAAGGAAGUGUGCUAGCCCCUACUAUGUUUAACAUCUACACAAACGAUCAACCAAUAUCCACAGAUAGCGAC